AGUAGACUCCCUCCUUUUUUGUGGCUAAUGGGAAUGUUCCUGCUGAUGAGCUUUUAAUUGCCUGCCUUCCUCCCUGGAAGAGGACACGUCUGGAACAGGUUGGCAGAGAGUAAGGAUCACCAUGUCCUUGUUUUAACAGUAGGACCCUUAGAUCAACUAAGGGAUGGAACGAAGGCUCUGCUCACUGACAAUCCCUUUUCCUCAAAUACAAAUAAUUUAAAUAGCAGCAUUCAGCACCAUAGUUCAACACAGAAUUGCUACCUACCCAACAGAAAAACAUAAAACAUCCACUGGAGGUUAUAGUCUUUGCAAGAGUAAUGGUAGUGAAAGUGAGUGAAAUAAUACAACAGCAGAAAGAGGGAUGCUGAGGUGGGUGAGAGUAAAAAUUGCCAGAUCCAGUACCCUAAUAGAUGCAAGGGACUGCACCUCCACACACCCGACUCCAGCUAGUAACAAGGCCAGGAAUGUAUUACCAGAAGGCAAAAAUGCCUGUGUCCAGCAGCACCGAUCAAGACAGAAAACAUACAGCACUCAAGUAUGAAUGGUACGAGUGGCCAAAUCCUCUUCCUCCUCUCCAGCUGAUCAGUUAUAUAUCAGUACAGUAUAUUCGUUAACACAUACACACAAACAUUAUGAAGUCAUUCAGUAUCUGGCUUAAACAGUCUGUCUAGUUACUCCCUGCUGGAUUUCCUGGCAUGAACAGAGACAUUAAUCUCUCUGCUAGCUGAUCUAGGAAUGUGCUCAGAGCGAGCGCGUUGGUGUCACACAAGGGACCAAUCAGCAAAAGCUGCUUCCGCACCAAAACAAGGGGCGGCGGCGCUGCCCAAUGAGCUGCGCCCUGCCUGGCGGGAGGUUAUAAAAAUCCCGGGUGCCGCAGCUCCCGUCCCUACGAUAUACCAGCAAAAGGGGACGCUAUGUCUGGUCGCGGCAAGAGCGGAGAUAAGACCCGUGCUAAGGGCAAAUCUCGCUCGACCCGGGCUGGGCUUGUGUUCCCGGUAGGGCGUCUUCACCGGUUACUGAAGUGGGGGCACUAUGGGGAGAGAGUGGGAUCCACUGCGGUUGUAUAUCUGGCGGCCGUGCUCGAGUACCUGACUGCUGAGAUCCUGGAGCUCGCGGGCAACGUGGCACGAUAUCACAAGAAGCAGCGCAUUAUGCCCCAUCACAUACAACUAGCAGUGCGCCAAGAUGAAGAGCUCAAUAAGCUGUUGGAUGGCGUUAUCAUCGCGCAGGGCGGCGUCGUGCCCCACGUCCACGCCGCGCUGCUGCCCAAGAAGAGCAGCAAGAAGUGCAGCUAGUCGCAGGAGUACUAGGCCGGCCAGCCAUUCCAGCAUCCUUCUAUCACGCCUCUAUCAUCCUUCCAGCAUCACAAAAAAAAGAAAAAAGGUCCUUUUCAGGGCCACGCCAUUGUUCACUGAAAGCUCAGAUCCGCGGAGGAGGCAGGUGGAGGGAAAGAGACCAGAGGCUUUGCUGGGGGGCGGGUCGGGGCCAGUCAAACACUGACCGCGAGAGCCGGGCCGGCAUUGCACCGGGGCGCACACGAGCAGCUCGCAGCUCUUCCUCCCGCCGCCUCGUCCCGCUCGUCCGGCCCGCGCCUCCUCCGC